AUGACUAUGACCAUAUCCAAGCCCUCGCACCUUGUUGAUGCCGCCACGCAGACAGACUUGCACUCUUUUGUGACUACUCACCUCCUCGUGGAUGUGGCGGUGUCGACAGAGGGCCCAGGAGUUAGUGGGGUUACUGCCAGUCUACAAGUUCACGACUGUGGAUGGAAGGCCCUUGAUGGUAUUCCUUGCAUUAUGGGUGGCAUAACGGCGCUUGCUGCUUCUGUUGGCGGCACGCUGCAUGGCCGUUCCCCAAAAGACUUCCCCUGGAAAACCUUGCCCAAAGAACUAGCUCAGCUCGGAUGUUGCCUUGUGAACUACCCUGAAGAGACUUUGAUGCCCGGCGAGAUUCGACCCACGCUCAGGCGGACCAAAGGCAUACAUGAUUUGAGCAUCCCUCAUCCCAUCACAAGCAAUGCUGCCCGCUUACGCCUCUUGACGUCCAAGGACCCAGUUAUCAUUGGAGAGGCACCGUCACAUCGCUCAAUCCACCCUCGCGGGCGACAUGCAUUCGCAGACGGCGACAUUGACCGAAAAGGGCCUCGCCGUCUCCCCUCACCUCCUGCUACACCAACUACUCGCCCUGCUACACCAUCUACUCGUCCUGCAACACCUCCUGCAACACCUCCUGCACCACUUCCUGCACCACCUCAGCCUACAACUUCUGCUAUUCGUCGUCGUGUCCAAGUUUUUGUAGAAAUAUCACGCCCGCCACCCCGGCCAGCUAUCGUAGCAAUAUCACGCCCGCCACCCCGGCCAGCUUCCAGAGCUGUGCCCAACUUAUUUCUGCCACCACACCCUACUCACACCGAGGAUCUCAUCCCGAUAACUUCUGUCACGCGGUCUUCGUCCACUUCUGAAUAUGCCGAGGAUUCUGAUGAUGAUCAAAGUAUCACUAUAGACGAUGAGUUGUCUGAAAGCGAUUAUCGGCCUUCUAAAUGUCACAGAGGUUGA